GAUUGACUUCGAAUGGUCACUGUAGGUCGGGUUCGAUAUAUCCACCGCACCGUGACCGAACUCCGGCCGAGCACCUGAUCGUGGAAAGGGCGGGAAGUAUUGGGGCUUUCGCUGCCCUAAUAAAUAUCGAGCACCUCCUAUUCUUCUCUCCUCUAUCGCCCGAUUACUUCCUUCGUGGAUGGGGAGAAAAAAGAGAUCUAGGGUUUCAACCCAGGGCAGCGAGGGGAAUGCGGAAGGAGAAGGAGGAAGAGGAGGAGAAGAAGAAACCUCAGGCGCCGGUGGAUCCUCCACUCCUAGAGACAUGAGCUUGUACGAGAUUUUAGGUGUGGAGAGGACAGUCUCUCAGCAGGAAAUUAAGAAGGCCUACUACAAACUGGCCUUGCGUCUUCAUCCAGAUAAAAAUCCUGGUGAUGAGGAAGCAAAAGAGAAAUUCCAACAGUUGCAAAAAGUUAUAUCUAUUCUUGGGGAUGAGGAGAAAAGGGCUGUUUAUGAUGAAACUGGUUAUGCUGGUGAUGAUGCUCUGGUUGGGGAAGCUGCUGAAAAUCUACAGGAGUUUUUCAGAACGGUGUACAAAAGAGUUACGGAGGCUGACAUUGAAGAAUUUGAAGCUAAUUACAGAGGUUCAGAUUCUGAAAAAAAGGAUUUGAAGGAUCUAUAUGAAAAAUUCAAGGGCAAUAUGAAUAGGCUUUUCUGUUCGAUGCUUUGUUCUGAUCCAAAGCUGGAUUCACACCGCUACAAGGAUAUAAUUGACGAGGCAAUAGCUGAAGGGGAACUAAAGACAAGCAGAACUUAUCAGAAAUGGGCCAAGAAAGUUUCCGAAAGUGAACCACCAACCAAUCCGGUGGUCAGACGGCAGAAGACAAAGAAACAAGAAGGAGCAGACAUAGUUGCAAUCAUCUCUCAGCGAAGGAGCCAGAGGAAACAGCAAUUCGACUCCAUUCUCUCCUCCAUUGUUGCUAAAUGCGAUGCAAGAACUGAACCGGAACCCACUGAAGAAGAGUUUCAGAAGGCACGACAAAGGCUUGAAAGUAAGCAGACCAAAAACCGGAAGCGUUAUGUGUCAACCAUCUUCAUCCUCCACAAGCCAUGCCAAGAUUGCUUGCUUUUGCCACACAUCACAUCGACGGGAAAAGCACCUCUUGCUUGUCUCUCUCCAAGCAAUGAGAGACGAGAAGAGCAACCAAGUCUAUUCCAAACGGGUUCGUUCUCGAUGGACGCGCAAGUGCUCGUCGCCCUCGCGCUCUCGCUGGUAGGCGGAUUGAGCACCUCGAUUGGUGGGCUUUUGGUGAUUCUUAGUAAUGCUCCCAAUCUUAAGAUGAUCGGGAGCUUACAGGGUUUUGCUGCCGGACUUAUGAUGAGCAUGUCUUUUUUCGAUUUGGCACAUAAUGCUAUGAAUUCCCUUGGUUUCUUUAGAGGCAACAUCUGGUUCUUUGUAGGUGUUUUGUUCUUUGCUUCUGUUGUCAAUUUCAUCCCAGAACCAAGUGUUCCAGGAACUUGUAAGGAAGAUGGUGAUGGAUCAGUUAAGGACAUGAUCAGGAAGCACCACCGCCAAGUCUUAUUUAGUGGAAUAGUUACUGCAGUUGUUGCAGGAAUUACUGUGCAUAACUUUCCUGAAGGAAUGGCCGUUUUUAUUGGAACAACCAAGGGACUUCGAAUUGGCAUUACAUUUGCACUGGCUAUUGCUCUUCACAAUAUUCCUGAGGGUGUUGCUGUUGCUCUUCCUGUCUAUUAUGCCACGGAAAGCAAAUGGCAGGCUUUCAAAUUGGCAGCACUUUCAGGUUUUGCUGAACCACUAGGUGUGAUAAUCAUAGCUUAUCUUUUCCCAAGAAAUCUAAAUCCUGAAAUUCUUGAAGGGUUGCUUGGAUCAGUGGCUGGCGUGAUGGCUUUUCUCACAUUGCAUGAAAUGCUACCUAUAGCAUUUGACUAUGCAGGCCAUAAACAAGCUGUUCAGGCACUUUUUCUUGGCAUGGCUUUUAUGUCUGUGAGUUUGUAUUUCUUAGACAUCAGCCUCCCAAAAGAGAUGAGAUUGUAGCUGUGGUCGUGGUCUACUCUGUGUUGUAAUCAUAAAAAAAUCCUUGUAUAUUGCAAAUCUCUAGACAGGUUCUUCAUUUAUCGAUACCAAAUUUAUUUAUUGUGUACAAUUGUAUUUUUUAUGUAUAAUGUUUCUUUUACUAUCAUUCUCCUGAAA